AUGAAAUAUAACGAGAUUGAAGCAGAAGACAACGUUUCCACGGUGACUCAGUUUGUAUUCUUGGGGUUUUCUGAUCUUCCAAAUGUCCAAGGGUUACUAUUUGCCCUGUUCUUCAUUGUUUACAUGAUCAUUUUGAUUGGAAACAGCCUCAUCAUCAUAGUAACCAGGCUUGACUCUGCGCUGCACAAACCCAUGUAUUUUUUCUUGUCCAACUUUUCCUCAUUAGAAAUCUGUUUUGUGUCUGUCACUGUCCCUAGGAUUCUGAAGAACCUGUGGACUCAGGAUAGAACCAUUUCUAUACUGGCAUGUGCUACACAAAAUUGUGUCUUCAUUACUCUGGGAGCCGCUGAGUGCUUCCUGCUGGCCGUGAUGUCCUAUGACCGCUACGUGGCCAUCUGUAACCCCCUGCACUACCCUCUGGUCAUGAACCACAAGUUCUGUGUCCAGCUGGUUGUGGGUGCCUGGGUCACGGGAAUCCCCCUGCAGAUUGGACAAACAAGCCUUAUCUUCUCUCUGCAUUUCUGUAACUCCAACCAAAUCAACCACUUCUUCUGUGAUAUCCCUCCUUUGAUCAAGCUGGCCUGCGGGGACACCUCAGUACCCGAGAAGGCCCUCUUUGCAGCUUCGACAUUGUUCGUUGCCAUCCCUUUCACUUUGAUACUUUUCUCUUAUGCCAAAAUCAUCUCCACCAUCCUGAGGUUGCCAACAGCCAGCGGACGGACCAAAGCCUUCUCCACCUGCUCUUCCCAUCUCAUAGUUGUGAUUUUGUUUUUUGGAUCUGCUUGCAUCACCUACUUCAAACCCAAAACUAGUCAUUCUGCAGCAAAUGACAAACUGCUCUCUCUUUUCUACACUGUGCUGACACCAAUGUUUAACCCCUUGAUCUACAGCCUUCGGAACAAGGAUGUGAUUGCAGCCCUGAGAAAAGUGUUCCUUAAAAAAUAG